CUUAAAUUAGUGAUAAUUAACAAAUAAGAUUAAUUUUAUUAUUUUUAAGACAGUAUUUGAUUGAAAGUGAUUGCAAGAUGGUGAUGUUAAAAACCUGUUGGUCUCCAUGUAUCUGGAACAAUGAUGUUAAAGUUGGAAGUCGUUGUGUUGCAGUCUACACAGCAGCUUUUAGUGUGGUCCUUAUCACCUUUAUCGUGUACAUGAUGUGUGGCGGCGAAUCAACACAGUUAUAUAAUCCAAUGUUUGAAGCCAGUAAAAAUGGACGUUUGCCAAUUUAUGGAUCAAUAUUCAUCAUAUUAUUCCUGGCAUUAAUUGGUUCAUCAAUUAUAAUGGUAAUUGGUAUCCAAAAAUGUAAUCGAGGCUAUAUGUUACCAUGGCUAAUUGUUUUUGGAAUUAUAAUAAUUUUCCAAUUCUUAUUUGGUUUAUGGCUAUUUUAUGGAUACUAUAUUUACCUGGAUGCUGCAUUUUAUGGAAUUAUUGACUGGUUUUGGAUGGUUUACAACAUGUAUUGCUGGGCAUGCGUAUAUUCACAAUACCAAAUAUUUGCAAUAAUGCAAUCACCCAAUAUUGAAUUAUUAUGGCCUUAAAUAAAGGCAUUUUAUUCGCACCCCUCUCCACUCACAUAAAUAAUAUUAUUUUUUUUAAAUUAUAUUUUUCUAUCCGUCCGUCCAAUAAAUGUGAUUUGCAUUUAUUGCAACAACAACAAAAAAAGUGUUCAAUUAAUAAUUUUAUUUUUAGAUUUAUAUUAAUUAUGACAUUAAUUAUUUAAUUAGUUUAAUCAAAACCAAGCUUUUAGAUAUAAUUGUAAGGAUGAAAAAACAACCUGUUUUAAUUGACUUUUAAGAUCUUGCCACGAAGGCAGAGAAUCAUUUUAAGAAUCUCCAUUUUUUUUAAGUUAUAUAAUAUGUGCCUUUUUAAAAACUACUUAACUCUCGAAUCCGUCCUUUAUUACUUGAAACUUCAUUAUAAAUUUAAUUAAAGUCCUAAAAAGUAAAUCGAAUUUUAUGAUCCUUAUUAUAAGGACUGUUUUAAAAGAAACGGGUGUAUGAAGGUGGUAUGCCACGGAACCGUAUUAAAUAAUGAACGGUCGUUUCAAAGCAAUUAGGACAUUAAAGUAGCCCCGUUGUUAGAAUUUCUGAUAGGAUGUUCUACAAAACAUUUUUUUUAUAAAUUUGA